AUGUUGAUAGACUUUCCGAGAAACAAAUCGCGGGCGUAUAAUUCAAAGCUCCGAUCGCUGCAGCCCCGCCGUGUCACUGCCGAAGCGUGGGAUGGAGCAUGGGCCACUUCUCGGGGCAUGUCGAAGCGCGUCAUCUCUCGACAUGCAUUACCAUCCGACAAGCACGUUCACGCCCUCACAACCAUGAUUCCCUGA